GCCAAGGAUGCUCGAGGCCGACCACGAGACGUCGGGCAGCCCGACGACGACGGAGCUCGAGGUCUACAACUUUGAUGUCGCCAAGUACAAGGGCGGCGCGUACCGCCUCGUGACGGCUGUCGACCCGCUCGUGCACCUCAGCGGGCGUUUCCUCCGGUACGGCGAGACGGGUCCGCGCAAGACCAAGAUCAACGCGGUGCAGUUCGACUGGCCGCACUGCGGCUUCACGCUGCGCGUCGUGGGCGCGACCACGGUCGCGAUCCGCCUCAAAGGCGAGGGCAACUACUUCAACGUCUUUGUCGACGGCGCCUUCCGCUGCAUCCUCCGCGCGUCGCUCAAGGCCACGUGCUGCGAGGUCGCGCACUUUGACGAUGGCGGCGAGCACGUCGUGAACGUCGCCAAGCGCACCGAGCCGCAGAUGCGCGGCGCUGUCUCGACCUUCAAGGUGUGCACCUUCUACGGCUUUAUCGUCGACCGCACGGCCGAGGUGCUCCCGUAUACACCGCCGACCGUGCGCAAGAUGGAGUUCAUUGGCGACUCGGACACGUGCGGCUUUGGGAACGAAGGCGCCGCGUCGCACAACAAGGCGUUCUUUGGCAUGAAGGGCCGCAUGGAGAACGUCUACAACGCGUACCCGUGCAUCACGUCGCGCCUCUUCAACGCCGAAGCGCACGUCUUGGCGUGGAGCGGGAAAGGCGUGCACAGCAACUCGGUCGACUGGGGCGCCAACAUGAGCGCCAUGUGGAAGAACACGAUCGCGUCCCGCGACGGCCAGUGGGACCUCCAGAGCUGGAUGCCCGACGCAGUGGUCAUCAACUUGGGCGGCCAAGAUCUCUUCCCGCCCGCGUCGUCCGAGGCCGACAUUGUCGGCGCGUACACGGCGCUGCUCGAAGACGUGCGCUUGCACCGACCGGACGCGCAUAUCUUUUGUGUGGUCUGCGACGAAAACUGCACGAGCGGCGAAGAAGACGAGCUCAACCGGAGCCGCAUGUCCCUGCAGCUGCAAGAGAUCACCAAGGUGGCCAUGUCGCGCGUGCGCAAGAUGGACCUGCGCAUGCACUACUGCUUCCUCCGCAUCCCCGGCGGCAUGGACGACGCGGACUUCGCCAACAUGCGCCACUACGCCGUGAGCGGCCACGUCAAGUUUGCAAAGGCGCUCGCCAAGGAGAUUGCGUUCCGCACCGAGUGGCCCGUCGCGAUGGACGAGAUCGAGACGAUCCCGUACCCGCAGUCCAAGGACCAGAUCCUCGUGCCCGAGAAAGGCUCCAACUGCACGAUAUGUUAGAUUAACCAGU